CUUCCGUUUGUAAUCUAUGAUCUUAUAAAAGUAAAGCUUAAAAAUAGAUUAUUAAUUAGUAAAACUAUAUAAUAAUAAAAAAAAAUUACAAAAAAUGUGUUUCACUAAAUAUAAAAAAAACUUUCAGGAAGCAAAUGUGUUACUAAAAAACAAUUACUGAAACACCACAGCAAACUUAGAUACUUUCAGUUCAUGUAGUCCAUGAAACGAUAAAUUUCCUUUCGGAUAAAAUAUUCAUCGCACACUUCAUUCAAAUUUAUAUGACCACAUUCUUCUCCAAUCUCCAUGAGGUUAAGUAGUAUGUCAUAUUCACGAUAUUGUCUGACACUCAUCUCUAAAACAACCCGCCGAACAUUCAUCUGACAUUGCCUCACCGAUUCUAUUCCUUGAUUUCUCCAUAGUUGAGUAAGAUAGUUUGAACCUUCAUCAAAAACUCCUUCUAUGAGGGAGAUCAUUCCAUACAAGUACAUAGCUUCUGAGUGAGCUUCUUUUGCCGCUGUUGCUAAUUGCUUCAACCCUUCCUUCACACUCUUAAGGUAGAAGAAAUUAAAUAAACCACAUAAAAAUAUUCCAUGAACAUUACCCGAUUUGGCACACUCUUUGAGUAAGUCCAUUCCGUUAGGAACCCUCUCAUAAGGUGGUAGGAAAACAUCUUCCAAACGAAGACUUCGUAAAACCUCUGGGUAUUUUGCAACUUCAAGAAAUGUUUUGCAUGAUACCAUGCAUGACCAUAAAUCCACAGAAGAAAAAGCACCAACUUUAGUGAGUAUGACCAUAAGCAUGUCGUAUGGUAGCAUGGUGAGGCUUGCUUUGCAAAAGUUACGUUUCAUGGUUAGAAAAAAAAUUUUAUAAUAUUUUUGGUUUGAAAAUUAUUAACCAGAACGCAUCAUUUUAUAGUCCAUUGAAGUGGUUAUAUGUCUUUACGGUUACCCUCUUUAUCUACUUACCUACUUUAAUUGUAGUUCAUUGCAUUUGUCCAUUUCAACAAUUACUUAGACUUCGAUACAUCUGACAUUCAAAAUUCCGUUUAUUGUCAUCUCGAAUUCAUAAACUAUUAAGUAAAUAUGAAUUUCCGUGUUCAUUAAUUAUAUCCCCCAUAACGAAAAGACCCAUCUCAACCACAACCUCUUAUAAAUAACCCCUUCUGCAAAGUUUACAAUCACUUCGACUUUCCUCUCUCCAUCUUUCCUUCCUCCACCGAUUACAAAUUUGUAUCGAUCAACAUGGAAGGACACGAUCUUGGUACUUUGUUGCCCACAUCGAUUUCGUUACACAAACUUGCACUAGGGAAAUCCAACCAAAACAUUACUGUCCGUCUUUUGCGUUCUUGGGAAGUUCGAAACUUCAAACUGAAUGGAGCACUCAUGAGUUUAGAUUUACUCCUUCUAGAUGAAAAGGAUACUCUUAUCCAAGCUUCAAUCUACCACCGACGUAUCCACAGAUUCAAAAGUCUACUUAAAGACGGAAACCUUUAUUUCUUGAGCGACUUUGAAGUAGUACCCAGCUACGGUCACUACAAAAUCACAGACAGCGAGCUCUUAAUCCGGUUUACGGACACCACUCAGCUUCUUGAAGUACCAGAUGAUGCCAUAGCAAUCAAAGAAGAGAAAUUCAGAUUGCGCACAUACUCGGAACUUGAAGCUCUGGCUGACACCAACUUACAGUUAGUUGUGGGACAAAUAAUACAAGUGCAAGGAUCGAAUCUUGAAGACUCCACCUCGACACAAAAGAUCGUUGUUGGUCUCCUAAUACAGAAUGGAGUGAAGAUUCGAAUCACAUUAUGGGAUGGCCAAUCUUCUGCAUUCCGCCAACUUUUCAGAAACACCAAGCGCAAGUGUAGUGUGAUUGUAAUGACUUCUUUGAACCCGAAAAAGUUUGCAGGAAAACCGCAACUAAGCUCCAGCGGAUCAACCAGGUUUUAUAUUGACUACGGCUUAGAAGUUGUCAAAACAUUCAUGGGAAGCUUGGGGAUUAAAGAUGGUGAUUCUGAUGUGGCAACUGUUGACGAGGAGAGGAGAAGCGCAAACAGCUUAGGGACCUUGACAAUUACCCAGCUCUUGGAUUUCGUAUCCGCUGGUGACAAACAGGAAAAAGAGAUCAUAUGCGAAGCCAAGAUCAUUGAAAUUUCAGAAAGAAAUGGCGACGAAGAUGCCAUUGGAAUUCUGAGAUUCAGGGUAGAAAUAGAAGUACAAUGUGGCGUUGCAACCACCAAGUUUGUCUUGUUUGACAAAGAUGUUCGAAAGCUUACAAACACUACUGCUGAAGAUAUUACAGCUUCGCAGCUCGAUUUUCAGAAGCCGGAUGAGAAGGACGAAAAAGAAGAAAACCAGAGUCCUGACUUGAUUCCAGAGUGUCUUCGUCGUUUGAUUGGCAAAACUAUGGACUUCCAAGUGAAGAUAACAAAAUACAACUUCAGGACUUCGUUCCAAACAUUCACAGUUACGAGAGUUGUGAAUGAAAAGCCAGAGGUAACUUCUGCGGGUACAAUCCAAACCAUAGAGAGUGGUCAGACUAGCGAAGGAGAAGAACAUGUGUCCGAUGAAAAGCUAAUUAUGGUUGAGAUAAAGACAGAAAAUGGCGAGGAAUUACUGGACUUUGAAAAUGGAGUUGGACAUCUUGCUAAAAAGAAACGAACUAUGUGAUAGUUGGCUGCAGCUAUGAAAAGCGG